AUGUCAUCCUCCAAGACGCCGUCAUUCUUCAUUUCCCUUCCAGUCGCGUCUCUCAGCUCCUCCGCUGACUUUUAUAAGUCCCUUUCUUUCACCCCUCUCCCUGAUUAUUCCGAUUCCAACACGACGUCACUCCGCUUCCCUUACUCAUCCAACGCCAACAUCUGCCUCAUGCUGCACUCUACAUCGCGGUUUGAAGAAUUUAUCCGCCGUGGUUCAGAAAUUGUACAUGCAAAGAAAGCUACGGGUGCGAUAUAUACCCUGGGAGUGCCAAGUAAGGAAGAUGUAGACGGGUUCUUGGAGAAGGCUGAAAAGGCGGGUGGCAAGAGAGACCCUUUUGAAAUAAAGGAGUAUGGGAAAUCUCUAGGGCUAUAUACAAGGAGCUUUGAGGAUUUGGAUGGACAUAUCUGGGAAGCAACAACAAUGUUGAAUGAGAAGGCACAAGAAGGAGCAUAA